GAAGCAGCAUCUGGUCUCUUUUCUCUCCCAACGUCAAGAAGAUGUUUGCAACGAUGCUGAAGAUAUUUCCAAUUCUAGCCAUCCUUACAGGCCACGUCAGCGGUGUGGUGGUGACCGUCCCUGAGAAGACAGUGAAUGUCACUACAGGUGGAAACGCAACCCUCCUCUGUACAUACACGAGUUCUGGACCGCUGGGAAAUUUCUUUAUUCAGUGGAGCUUUUACAGUGCCAAAGAGAGCCAACUGAAUACCAUCUAUUAUUAUUCAGGAGGCCAGUCUUACUCCUAUGGAGAGUUUAAGAACAGGCUAACAGCUGCAACAGGUCCAGGGAACGCAUCAAUAACAAUCUCCAACAUGCAGCCCUCAGACACCGGUUCCUACACCUGCGAAGUUUUCAGCCCUCUGGGUGAUGCUGGCCAGAGUCAAAAAUCUGUGAUUGUCAAUGUGCUGGUCAAACCGUCAAAACCUUUCUGCAAAAUCGAAGGAACGCCUGAAAAAGGCCAUCUAAUCUACCUCUUAUGCAAGUGUGAAGAAGGAUUGCCUCACCCUACCUACCACUGGUACAAAGUAGACGAGAACACCCUCAAGCCUGUGACUGAACAAUUUAAUCCAAACACUGGCAUUCUUUACAUCGGCAAUCUCACCACCUUUGAAACCGGGUAUUACCGGUGCAUAGCCAAAAACAUCCUGGGGAACAGCACCUGCGAGCUUGACCUAACUGCAAAGCACAGUGGUAUCGUUGCUGGAGCAUUAAUUGGAGCAGUUCUGGUAGCUGCUAUCAUUUGCAUUAUCGUCUGGGUCUUAACCAAGAAGGCAAAGAAUAAGACGUCAUCAAGUAAUGAGAUGCAAGAAAUGGCUCAGAAACAAUCCAAUGCAGAGUAUGUUCAGGUACCUAACGAAGAAAACAUCCCUGCGACCACAGUCCCAUCAAGCAAUGCAACAAAUGAACACCCUGGGGUUGAUGAAAUGCCAGCCUCUGCAACACCUGAAAAUGAUGAGAAGCAAGAAGCGGAAAAAGAAGAACUAGCCUAG